AUGGCGAUCGACGACUCGAUGCAAGCUCGCAUCACUACUGACUGCCCGGACGAGACCCGUGAGAUCCUUUUGCACGCAUGGAGCCACGACAAGCCAGCCCUCAAGAAGAUCCUUGACGAGCCUGGCAAAGCCAACUGCCAGGACCCCACGACCGGCGAGACGCCUCUCCACGCCGCCAUCCGUGCCUGCGGCCCCGCUGCCCAAGAUGAAGAUGACUUGAAGGUCGAGGAGGCCAAGGAGACGGUCCAGGAGCUCUUCCUCUCUGGCGCCAUCUGGAACGAUGUCGACUCCAACAACGAGACCCCUGGCUGCGUCGCCCAGCGCUUGGGUCAGAGCGAGCUGUACAAGCUAUGCGUCGAAGCUGGCGUGCGUGCGGAGCUCCUGUUCGGUCUGCUGGACGGCUAUGAGCAGCUGUCGUCAGGCUCCGAGAUGGACGAGGACGAAGCGGUCGAAGUCGUCGACGCCGAUGCCAUAAAGGCCUUCGAGGCCGAUCUCGAGGCGAUGGGAAACCUACAGGACCCCGAGGAGGCCCCCGAGCUCGUCCAGGUGCCAGAGGCCGCGGCCGACGCCGACGCUGGCGCUGAGGCCAACGAGCAGAAGAAGUUCGUGCCCCCAGUCGUCGAGGACCCGAGCCUCAGCUCGGAAGAAUACCUCCGUUCGAACCUGACCUACUCGGACGGCAAGCUCGUCGACGACGGCGGCAACGGCGUCAUGAUGGCUUGGGAGACGGACAUCAUGCGCAAGAGCGUCGAUGCCGUUCUCCCGGGCCUGCCCGCCGGCAAGCGCAUCCUCAAUGUCGGCUUCGGCAUGGGCAUCAUCGACACCAUGUUCCACGAGACGCGACCCUCGCGGCACCACGUCAUUGAAGCCCACCCCGAGGUGCUCGAGCACAUCGACAAGCCCGAGUCCAAGUUCGGCAUCGCGUGGGAGGCGAGCGGACCCGAGGAAGGCGCAUUCAAGAUACACCGCGGUAGAUGGCAGGACGUUGUGCCUAAGCUGCUCGAGGCCGGCGAGGUCUACGACGCUAUUUACUUCGACACCUUCGGCGAGGACUACAGCCAGCUCAAGAUGUUCUUCACCGAGUUCAUUCCUGGCUUGAUGGAUUUUGAGGGCCGUUUCAGCUUCUUCAACGGAUUAGGGGCAGACCGAAGGAUAUGCUAUGAUGUGUACGCCAAGGUAGUAGAGAUGCAUAUGACCGAUGCUGGCCUGGACAUUGAGUGGAAUGAGUUGGACGUGGACAUGAAGGGUCUUGAGGAGGCUGGCACAGGCGAAUGGGAGGGAGUGAAGCGUCGCUACUGGACUUUGGACAAGUACCGGUUGCCGACCUGCACAUUCAUGGGCUAG